ACCAAAAAAAAAAAAAAAUCUUAAGAAAAGUAUGAGUAACUGCGCAUUAUACGACAAUGCCCAACAAAUGAAUAGCUUUAGAGUUGUUUGUAUGAAGACCUCGCAUUGCGGUACACCUCAAUCCCACUUUGUCUUAACCAUUAUACUCCUAGUUCAAACCCAUCUCCGGGGAAUAGGAAGUCCUGGCUCUGGUGGUACUUACCUUAUUCGGUAAUAAUUCAAAAUCCUGUGGUGUACGGGUGCGGCAGGAUGAAAGGAGCAUUUUUCGGCGGCACGGAUGUAAAGAAAAAAAAACAUAAAUGUACGGGUGUUACGAACGCGUCUUCUUUGUAGCCAAUUUGUUUUCAUUUGUGAUAGAAGAU